AUGCUCACUUGUUCUCACAGCACAACGUGACGAACUCCCUUGGAAAAAGAGUAAUAUUCUAGAAAACUAGUUUAUUUCUCUUCCCGGAGUGUCUCACCUGUGGAGGAUUCCUUUGCUGCACACCACGUCCAAGGGACCUGCACCAUGCGGAGGGCGGGGAAGGCCCCACCCUACACCCAGGCCCUGGAUGGAGGUUGGGGAUGGAUGAUUGUGCUUCACUUCUUCCUGGUCAACAUGUUUGUGCUGGGGAUGACCAAGACUUUUGCAAUUUUCUUCGUGGUUUUUCAAGAAGAAUUUGAAGGCACCUCAGAGCAAACUGGCUGGAUUGGCUCCAUCAUGUCCUCCCUCAGCUUUUCCGCAGGCCCCCUGGUUGCCGUUAUCUGUGACACAUACGGAGAAAAGGCUGCCUCCGUGCUUGGGGCCCUCCUCGUUUCUGGUGGAUAUGUGAUCAGCAGCUGGGCCACGAGCAUCCCCUUUCUGUGUGUGACGAUGGGAGUUUUACCUGGUUUGGGUUCCGCUUUCUUGUACCAAGGAGCCAUGGUGGUGAUGAGCAAAUACUUCAAAAAACGAUUAGCGCUUUCUACAGCUAUUGCCCGUUCAGGGAUGGGACUGACAUUUCUCUUGGCACCUUUUGCAAAAGUCCUGAUAGAUCUAUAUGACUGGUCAGGUGCCCUUAUGGUAUUUGGAGCGAUCAUCCUGAACUUGGUGCCUUCGAGUAUGCUCUUGAGAGCCAUCCACAGCACAGGCGGGAGCAACUCUGGCAGGAAAGAUAAAGGUAGCCGUCUGUCUGCCAGUGGUCCAGAGGCAGGGCGUGGGACCGACACGUCACACUGCAGCGAGACACCAGAGCUCCCCACCAGGGACAGGACUAUGCAGAAGGUUGGACACGCCGGUGCAAGUUUCAUAGACUCCCAACACCAAAACGAAGAGGUCAACGGGCCACGCGGGAACAGACUGCUCCUGACACCUAAAGACACACGUUUCCAGCAGAAGGCUAAUUCGUGGGGCUGUAAACAAAACCUCUGUGAUAGUUCUCUCUUAAAGAACCCUUUCUUCUGCAUAUUUACCUGGUCUCUUCUCUUCAGUCAGCUGGCAUAUUUGAUCCCUACCUUCCACCUGGUAGCCAGAGCCAGAACACUGGGGAUCGACAUGAUGGAUGCCUCCUACCUCGUUUCUGUGGCUGGUAUCACUGAGGUAGUCAGUCAGAUUCUCUCUGGAUGGAUUGCUGAUCAAAACUGGACCAGCAAGUACCAUUACCACAAGUCUUACCUCGCACUCUGCGGCGUUACUAACCUGCUUGCUCCGUUAGCCACCACCUUCCCACUACUGAUGACCUACACUGUCAUCUUUGCCAUUUUCUCCGGUGGUUACCUGGCAUUGAUACUUCCUGUUCUGGUUGACCUGUCUGGGAAUUCUGCAGUCCACAGGUUUAUGGGACUUGCCAGUUUCUUCGCUGGGAUAGCUGUCCUUUCUGGACCACCGAUAGCAGGCUGGUUAUAUGAUUACACCCAGACAUACGCAGGCUCCUUCUACUUCUCUGGCACAUGCUACCUCCUCUCUUCAGUUUCCCUUUUCUUUGUACCACUGGCUGAACGAUGGAAAAGCAGAGUCUGA